AUGCUUAUCCCUACGCCGAAUCGCAAAUUAAUCCACCAAUAUCUUUUCAAGGAGGGAGUCAUCGUUGUCAAGAAGGAUUAUCAUCUUCCUCAACAUCAGGAAAUCCCUGUUCCCAAUCUCCAGGUUGCAAAGGCGCUUCAGUCCCUACAUUCCAGAGACUAUGUCUCCCUCACAUUCUCGUGGAAAUACUACUACUAUAUCCUUACUGAAAAGGGUAUUGAGCACCUCCGUCGAGAACUCAACUUGCCGACAUCUGUUGUCCCAGCAACUGUUGCUAAAGCACUCAAGACACCAACGACGCUGGAAGAGCGUCCUUUUGGUCGUCGCUCUGGUCGUGAUGAAGAGAAAAAGAAAGAAGCUGGAGCUUCCUCUGAAUUCAAACCGCAAUUUGUAAGUUGUUUCUAUUCAUCAUUUUCUAGAGAGGAGCCGCUCGCCAGGCCCGCCAAUAAAUUUCUUUUGGUUAAUAAAUAA